AUGCCCUCCGACGUUACGGCCAAGGGCUACCGCCCCGUCGACGCCGCCGACAACGAGAACGGCGACUGGGACGGCGACCUGACCCGCCGCGAGGCCCAGCUGGCGCAAAAGGAGAAGCGCUUCCGGGUCGCCUUUGGCGGCAACAUCCUCGUCUUCCUCAUCUCGCUCUGCUUUCUCGCCAUUUCCUGGUUCUCCAAGCCCUCGCUGCUCGAGUGCGACCGGAUGACCUCGCCCUACUCUCCGGUGUUUAAUGGAGGCGUGGAGCAUUGGGAGGGCCACUUCCAAAACGUCUUCAACCAGACGUCCAAGUACAGAGGGCCGCCCACGCUCGAGCUAGAGUCGGCUUGGGAAGAGCUCUGGUAUCAACCCGGUGUUGGGCUUACCAUUGAGGAAAUCGCCAAGCUCAACAAGACUCGCCCCGGCGUCAGCUUCACCGAGAUUGACGGCAGCGAUCCCAAGAACCCUACAUACGCCGCCACCCUCGAAGUUUUCCACCAGAUCCAUUGCCUGAGCCUCAUCCGCCAGGCGACCUGGCCGCUGCGCAUGUUCAACGAGAGCUGGCACUCGUACCCGUGGUUCCUCACCGACGAACUGGCCGGCCGCAUGCACGUCGACCACUGCCUCGAGUCGCUGCGCCUCAGCCUCAUGUGCUACGCCGACGUCACGCCCGUCCUGGCCGAGAACAACCCCAUGCGCCCGACGGGUCUGCAGCUCGACUUCAACGUCCACCACAAGUGCCGCAACUUUGACAAGAUGAUAGAGUACGUCCAGGCCCAUGGCGUCGAUGUUCCGCCCGAGUAA